CUCCUCACGGGCCCGCGCACAGCCCGGACUCUCCACUAGAUGACAGCACUCUCUCGCCCAUGGUGGGGAAAAAAAAAAAUAUCAAGAGCGAUAUUCCCAACGCAAGGAUGUGGACUGUCCCUUCCUGUUUUAGUGCCGACACAGCCACCGUACCGACGCACGGCGCAGCAGCACCACGGGCUCUCCCCUCGUUAUGUCCGGAUCCUGUUCGCCUGAGACGCGGAGCUUCAUUUUCCACCGCGGGCUCCGAGGCUUUGUGUGUUAGGCGGCGAGCGGCCGUGUUGUUCCUCCGCUGACGCACAGCGGGCCCGUCCACUGCGCCUCCGCCUCGGUCCUUCCCCGCGUCAAUGACCGUCCUCCCCUCACGCUCAUGGCGGAAACUAAGAUCAUUUAUCACAUAGACGAGGAGGAGACUCCGUAUCUGGUCAAGCUGUCCGUGUCUCCGGAGAAAGUCACCUUAGCGGAUUUUAAAAAUGUCCUCAACAACAGACCCGUCAACAGCUACAAAUUCUUCUUCAAAUCCAUGGACCAGGAUUUUGGGGUGGUCAAAGAAGAGAUUUCCGAUGACAACGCCAAGCUGCCCUGCUUCAACGGGAGAGUAGUGUCCUGGUUGGUUCUGGCAGAGAGUGCUCAUUCUGAUGGAGGGUCUCAGUGCACGGAGAGCCACCCGGAGCUGCCCCCUCCUCUUGAGAGAACAGGAGGCAUCGGAGACUCCCGCCCCCCCUCCUUCCAUGCCAACGCGGUCAGCAGUCGAGACGGCCUGGACACCGAGACGGGCACCGAGUCUCUGCUGAGCCACCGCAGGGAGCGCGAGAGGGAGCGCGCGCGGAGGAGAGCGCGAGAGACUGAGCUCCCUCGCAUCAACGGUCACUCUAAAUCAGAGCGCACUGCCAGAGACUCGGCCAUGGGUUACGACAGCGCCUCAGUAAUGAGCAGUGAGCUGGAGUCCAGCUCCUUUGUUGACAGUGAGGAGGAUGAGGAUGCGAGCAGGCUCAGCAGCUCCACAGAACAAAGUUCUUCUUCGCACCUGAUGCGCAGACACAAGCGCCGCCGACGGAGGCACAAAGUGGCCAAAAUAGACCGGUCCUCGUCCUUCAGCAGUAUCACCGACUCCACGAUGAGCCUCAACAUCAUCACCGUCACACUGAACAUGGAGAAGUACAACUUUUUAGGUAUCAGUAUUGUUGGUCAGAGUAAUGACCGGGGAGAUGGCGGCAUCUACAUCGGCUCCAUCAUGAAGGGAGGAGCUGUGGCUGCUGACGGGAGAAUAGAACCUGGAGACAUGCUCCUCCAGGUGAAUGAUGUGAACUUUGAGAACAUGAGCAAUGACGACGCCGUCAGGAUUCUCAGAGAGAUCGUUUCCAAAACCGGUCCUAUUAGUCUUACCGUUGCCAAAUGCUGGGACCCGUCUCCACGAAGCUACUUCACGAUCCCUCGUGCUGAACCAGUGAGACCCAUUGACCCUGCAGCCUGGAUUUCACACACCACUGCCCUGACGGGACCUUACCCGCACUACGAGUUUGACGACUUGCCUUUAUCUGCAAGUAAAACGGACAUGGCAACUAUCGUCAAGGUGAUGCAGUUGCCGGACUCCGGCCUAGAGAUUCGAGACAGGAUGUGGUUGAAGAUCACAAUCGCCAACGCCGUCAUCGGUGCUGACGUGGUAGACUGGCUUUACUCCAGAGUAGAAGGAUUCAAGGACCGGCGGGAUGCGAGGAAGUACGCGAGCAGUCUCCUGAAACACGGCUACCUGAGACACACCGUCAACAAGAUCACUUUCUCCGAACAGUGCUACUACACGUUCGGGGACCUCUGCCAAAACAUGGCGUCGCUCAACUUAAAUGAGGGAUCCAGCGGCGGAGGCUCCGAGCAGGACACCCUGGCACCGCUCCCCCCCACCAGCAACCCCUGGCCCCUGGGCGGGCAGCCAUUCCCCUACCCUCCUUUUCCCUCCGCGCCCCCCAGCUUCCCGCCAGGAUACUCCGACCCGUGCCACAGUUUCCACAGUGGGAGCGCAGGCAGCCACAACAGCGAGGGAAGCCGAAGCAGUGGAUCCAACCCCAGUGCAGGCAAAGGUAGACGCUCCUCCCCACAGGAGAAGGCUCAGAGGUCAACAUGCGGCGAGUCAGAGCCCGGCAUCCGUGGAGGGAGGCGCGUAGACAGGUCCGCCAGCCAAAUGAGCCAUCACAGCCACGCCGUCUCCAGCCACAGUCACGCCCGAUCAAGUCUCAGUCACAGUCAGUCCCACAGGAGCCACCAUCACUCACAGAACAGCCACCCCUCCUUCACCUACAGCCACGCCCCGUUCACCAAGCCCGCGCCAGGCUCCUGCGCCCAGAGCGAGCGAAGCCACGCCUCCUCCUACGGCCCCCCCGGCUUGCCUCCUCCUUAUUGUCUGGCCCGUCUGGCCCCCAAGACCUCGGUCAGCAGCAGCACGCCCCCCGGAGCCCCCCCCGGGAGAGAGUUAGCAUCCGUUCCUCCUGAGCUCACCGCUAGUCGCCAGUCCUUCCAGCAUGCUAUGGGCAAUCCCUGUGAGUUCUUUGUUGACAUCAUGUGACAGGACAGUGCCUUGAAAACUCAUCGAGCACAAAACAAUUCUCCACGAACCCGCCCGUCCCCUCCUCCCUUUCUUUUCUGUCUCUGAGUUCCGAAUGUAGACACUGAUGGGCCUCCACCUUAACCCCCUGCUGUCUGUCUUUCCCUCUGAUGUCCACACAAAGGACUGCGGGUGGCACGAGCACAGCAGGAGGGGAGUCCUCUCACACUUACAAACACGGGUCCUCGGCGACUGAAAACCCUCUUUUGUAUUGACGUGACGUGUACAGUUUGUGAAACGUGAAUGGUAUUCAAUGUGGUGAUUCUUUAAAGCUGCCGCGCAGACAUGCUCUCGGGAGUGUGCACUCUACGUAGGAUCAUUUCUGUUCUGCGAGACCUUUAAGAUGUCCGGGGCCUGGAUCUCAAUCCCCAGGACCCAGACCGACACCUUCAACCCGCACUUAGGAACUUUUUAAUUUUUAGGGGGCCUUGGACUCGGACUGGAUCUCCUGACUCAAAUCUGUGCAUAGCCGAACGUUUUUUACUCUUUUCACUAAACCUUUUUCGGCCCCAUUUCCUUUAAGGUGUGGCACUGCCACCGGUUUUAUUUAAGUUCUUACCUGCCAAGACUAACCUUGAGUUGACAAACGGUGGAUUUCUUCAACAAGGGAGGGCCCCGCAGCUUAACUAGGCUGCAUCUUGCAUGACUGUCUCAACUGCUUUAAAGAAAAGACGUUUUAUGAAUACAUUUUGUUUUUAAAGUAUUACCAUUGUUGUGGAGGGGGAGGCGUUACCUCUUGCCAAACGUUCUAAAGGAAGAAUCCGUACACUGGAUAAAUUUUGUGAUGUUAUUUAUGUGCCCAUGUUGCGUUGAUGGUGUCAUACUUUGUCUACUUCGACUGACUGACAGACAAUCAGACAUCACCCUUUGUGAACCAGUGGCCAGUUCCCACUGUCCUAGCUGUUCUUUGUCGAAUGUAUCGUUAUUCCUGUCGGUGAUUAAACCCUGACGCUCCGGACAGUUCAGUUCAAACACUUCUACGUGAGCGAAUCAACAAACGUACAGGAUUGCAAACAGUGGACACCCACCGCAGCAGCGAGAGCAAACUCCACAGGGUUGGCGUGAGAUAGAACCAGUUUGCUGUUCAAGCAUCAUCGUCGUGACUCUUUCGAGUGUGAGCUUCGGAAAAAAAAAAGUUACAAGCCAAAGCCUCACGUUGUGUAUGAUGGACAUUUGGAAGCUGUUUAUGAUGUAAAUCUCCUCAUGAUUGUCAUCAGACACUUCUCAUUUUUGCGAGUUCAAAGUGACUUUAAGGGGAGUCCUGGCCUUCAGACGCUCAUAUCCUUGUAAAACAAUGGCAAACCCCUGUUGUAUCUACCUAAAACAUAGAAAAUAAGAAGGAAAAAACACACACACACACACACACACAAUGCUCUUUCUAUUGUUGUGAGGACACUCAUUCUACAUAAUGCCUCCCCUGGGUCUGUACACUAACCAUAACCAUCACACAUAUAUGCCUAACUCCUCCCCCUGCCGUUAACUUAAUUCUAACCUAAACCGUAAAACCAAACUCGGCACCGAAGCUGUGAGGAUUGGCCCAAAUGUCCCAAAAUGUCCCCACAACGAUGGUUUCGAGCCCAUAUAUGUCCACACAACCAUAGGAAGACCACACACACACACACACACACACACACUAGCACUUUUCCAUUUUUUUCUCUCCCUCCCUUUAGUAUGAAACACUGUUUGCAAUCAAAGCUUUCUCUUUAAUUUUGUUUCUUUACAAAAAGAAGAAUAAAUUGUACAUAGAAAUUUAUUAUAUAUAUGAAUAAAAGUAUAUAUGUUCAAAAUUUUGAUGCAUUUUCAGUGAUAAUCACCUGGAUAUUAACUGAAAUCUGAAAAAUACACUUUUCUCUUUUUAGGUUGGGCCACUAGAUGGAGACAUCAAAUCUCUCAUUCAUUUGUAUGUUCUUGUUUUGAGUGUUUUUAUAAAAGUAUAAACUGUGUUUUGGAAAUCACCUUGGUCAGUAAAUUCCAAAUUCAAUUAGGCUUUAGUAUAUUAAAUGUAUGACACAUCCAAGUAGGUGUUUAUGAGCAGUCACUGAGUAGAAGGUCAUGUUGUUGAACUUUCAGACGACUCAAAAAUGUCAAAUGCACUGUAAAACGUAUCUAUUAUAUCCCCAGAGCAACAAAUGUGUCAUCGACACGACAGUGGCUUUCACACAGUUAACACCCCUGAGUGGAACUUCCGAGCACCACCUGCUGCGUGUACUUUCCCCGUGGGCUGCCGUUACUCUCAACAGGCCUGACUGUAUGUCAGUACCCACACAGACCCCGGUCUGCUUGACCCACCAACCACAGUCGCUUGCGUCAAUCAUCGUUUGAGUCCCUGAAAGUGACGCCCACUCCCCCACACGAGAGGAGGCAUUGUUGGAGGUUAGUCAGGAAGGAAGUGACGUCAGAGCCUGACAAAGCUCUCGAGACGCACUUCUGCAGAGGCAGAUUAAAAAGUAUAAUGCUGAAGAAGCAGCCCCCAGAAGCCGUCGCCCUCAUAGUGUUUGUAAUACAGAGCGAAAGCAUGAAGUCUCAGAAACUGAAGUCUGCCACUGUUGUAGUUUGACUCUCAUUGAGAGCUCAUGUCAACCUACAUGCAAAUGCACACACUCAUUUACCAGCAGAAUAAUUAUCAUCUCCUUACCGAACAUCUCAAAAGUAUUUCCAGAGUUUUAUGUUAAUCGAGCUAUUGGGGUUUACGUUGCUUCAGAGCUGAAUCUCUAGAGGGAGGAAGAAGGGGAAGUGUGGGAAGUGUUCCUUGGUCGAGGCCGUGUGGGCAAAUAAGGUGCUGACUUUUGACAUCCCUGUCUCUUGAGACGUGGGUAUGCUUUUAGAGUAGGUCGAUCAAUGGUUCAGCAUUUCUCUUGAACCGGCUGGACGUGAACCUAUGACCAUCAGUCACACCAGCUCACCGAGGUUACAUAGAGCGAGAGCAGACAUUCAGGGUGAGGAGUGGGAAUGAAAAGUCGAAAUCGUGGAUACCGACCUUGUUAAGCUCAAGGAAGCAUACAGCUGUGUUAUUAUGUUCUUAAUCUUAGUCCUGACUUAAUGCCAGGGCAUCAAUAUCCUCAAAGUCAUCGUGAUAUAAGGUCAUCUAUUGUCUCAUCGUUACUCAUCAAAAUAGCGGGGAACUCUAGUUCCCUUUUUAUAAUAAAUAAGUGCCAUAAAUGUGUCACGGGAAUAGUUACACUUUACGCCAUUCCACUGAAGCUACUUCAAUGUUUAAUAACUUUAAUAACUAUAAAAUUCCAAAUGAUUA